AUGUCAGACAACAAGUCCUCUUUUCACCCGGCUCUUGCCGUCUCAAAUAUCAAAAACCACGUUCCCAUUAUGCUUGAAAUGGAAAACGUUCAAUACUCUACGUGGGCAGAACUUUUCAAGAUUCACGCACGAUCUCACAAGGUUCUUAAUCAUAUCAUUCCUCCGAAAGCCAGUCAGAGGACGAUUCCUUCUACUGAUGCAGAAAAGGAACUAUGGUCAACCUUGGAUGCCACGGUUCUUUCGUGGAUUUAUUCUACCAUUUCUAACGACCUAUUGCACACCAUUAUCGAGCCCGAUUCAACGGCUAUGGAAGCUUGGGAUAGAUUGCGUGAUAUAUUCCAAGAUAAUCAACAUUCCCGUGUCGUUGCCCUUGAACAAGAUUUCACCACUGUCUCUAUGGAGCGUCUCUGCUUAUUGUCAACGUCUCAAGUCCCUUGCGGAUCAAUUGAAGAACGUUGGCGCACCGGUGUCGGACAAUCGUCUGGUUUUACAAUUGAGGCCGGGAUGUCUAAGGAAGCAGCCACCGAAUCAGCUAUGGUGGUCACUUCAAAUGAUGACGGUCCGAUUACUUCUGAAAAAUCGGGUCGUUUUAAGGGGAAGCAAGGUGUGCAGCACUCUGGUGGUCGCCGCAACAACGGUGGCCGGAAGAACAACAAUUCCGGUGGUGGCGGACGCUACUCCGGCAGCGGCAAAGGUGGUGGCAGGGGACAGAACUCCGGUGGCCAAAGUGGGAGCUCGUCAUUCCCGCAACAACAACAGCAUCAACCUUAUCCUUAG